AUGUCGACCAACUUGAAGAACUCGCGCUCCUUGCGCUUGACCCUCGCUCUAAUAAUUCCAUUUGUGCUCCUUUUUUAUCUUUACUCGUGGAAUCAAACACCCACUUUGGUUUCCAGUCCCACCACACCGCAAUCUUUCGAGACAACGACCGGCGCAGGGGGCUCAACCUCAAUAUCAGUUUCUCCGGAGGCUCCGGAGGAACCUUCGGCUAGCGAAAGUCAUCCUACUACUUCCCCUGCACCAAUUUACUCUCUUCCAGACAAGGUCUGGCAUUCUGCCAAGUUUGAUAAUCUAUCAGAAAACCAGCGCGAAUGGACCGGCAGCUGGACAAGAAAAAACCCAUCGCUCCGCCAAGAAUUGCUGACUGAUCGAUCGGCUGAAGCAUUCGUUCGCGCUCAUUAUUUCAAAACGCGACCGGAUAUCGUCGAAGUCUAUGAAGCCCUACCAAUCCCGAUCCUACGUGCGGACCUGUUCCGUUACCUGGUUGUUCUCGCUGAAGGCGGAAUUUGGGGCGAUUUAGAUACCUCGUGCGAGAAAGAUGUCGCUGAGUGGGUACCCUUGGAGUACCGGAAUGAGAACAUCGACAUGAUCGUCGGAUUGGAAUUCGACUUUGACUCGCGGGGGCCGGGAACGGAAGUUGCCUCCCAGUUCUGCAAUUGGGUAUUUGUUGGACGAAAGUCUUCGCGCAAUCUUCAAGUUAUUGUUGACACUGUCCUCAAUAAAUUGAAGGGUAUUGCUAAAGCAAACGCUGUGGGCAUCGACGGGAUUACUCUAGAAAUGCUUUCGGACGUGGUCAACGUGACGGGGCCCAAGAUUAUGACGGUCGCGAUCAUGCAGAGUCUCGGGCAAUUGCUUGGUAGAACCGUCGAUGAUCGCGAUUUCGCACACACUAAACGGCCCAAGCUGGUUGGUGAUGUUUUGAUCAUGCCCGGAGUCUCUUUCGCUGCCCUUCAAAACGGGAACCCGACAGAUCAAGGUGAUCCUCUUGUGACGCAUCAUUACGAGGGCUCGUGGAAGAAAGAGGAUGCAGAAGCAAAGGAGCGGAAAAAGCAGAAGCAAGAACAAGAACAGCAGCAACAACAGCAAGAGGGAUCACCACCAGCAGCUCCCGCUGCUGCUGCGACCUGA